UGAGCAUCCAGAUCAAAGGGGAACACCUGUGUGGAGGAGCCAUCCUAGACCGCUGGUGGAUCCUGUCAGCCGCCCAUUGCUUCUCCGAGAGCAAGAAAGUAGGAACCGCAACUGUUCCCCAGGGCAUCGGCAUCAUCAAUGGACACGCUGAGUGUCCGUGCUGGGGGGCUACGUUGGGAUGGAGAGGGGAGAGUCAGAAAUGGUCGAUGAUCUGUGCUGGGACACCAAGGCAGAGUCAGAGAUGGAAAGGGGAGAGUCAGGGGUUGGAUGCCCCAUUCUGGAUCACUGGAGAGCCAGGGAGGGAGAGAGGAGAUUCAGGGGUGUUGGAAAGACCACGCUGGAUCCCUGGGGGAGUUAGGGGUGUUGGAUGGUCCACACUGGGUCACUGGGGGAGAGUGAGAGACAGCGAGGGGAGAGUCAGGAGUGUUAGAUGGUCCACAGUGGGGUCAUCAGAGGUGUUGAAUGGUCCAUCCUGGGUCACAGGGGGAGAAUCAAAGGUGUGGAAUGGCCUGCACCGGGUCCCUGGGUGGGGGAAGUUGGGAGUGUGGGACAGUCCAUGCUGGGUCAAUGGGGGACAGUGGCCCCUGACUCACCUAAGCCCUCUUGCUCCGUGAUGAGGUCAACUGAGCUGGGUGUCAUGCUGGGCUCCCAUGACCUGCAAAGCCCAGAUCGUGAGCACAAGGCAGUCAACGGGACCAUCGUACACCGGCACUUCAACCGCGUGUUUAACGACAACGACGUGGCCCUUCUCCUACUCUGCUCCCCCACUGACUUCGGCAAGCGCAAGUUGCCCAUCUGCCCGCCGACGCCUGGGGGUCCUAGGGCAUGGAAGGACUGCUGGGCGUCCGGCUGGGGCGUCACCGAAGAAGAAAGUCCACUUGCAGCUGGUCAGCUGGGAGCAGUGCACCAAGAAAACACACUUCCUCACCCAGAACAUGCUCUGUGCUGGACACAAGAAAGGGGGAAAGGACACCUGCAAGUCUGCGGCGUGAGGCCUGGGUUCGGAUCCUCCGGCAGACUGCAGUCCCGGAUCGUCGGGGGGACGGACGCCGCAGUAGGCGAGUUCCCGUGGCAGGUGAGCAUCCAGUUUCACAGGGCCCACUUCUGCGGCGGCUCCAUCCUCAGCAACUGGUGGGUCCUCACGGCUGCCCACUGCUUCACUAGAAUCAAAUCCAACCUGAACAUCGCAGUCGGCACCACACACCUGGACAGCCCCAAGAUGGAGAGAAGGAGGCUGGAUCGGCUGGUGAUGCACCCCCAAUUCAGCCAGGAGACGAUGGAUCACGACAUCGCCCUGGUCUUGCUCGAUACCCCCUUCCAUUUUGGCAAGGACACGGGACCCAUCUGCAUGCCGCUACUGCGCGAUCCGCUGACCUGGCCAGACUGCUGGGUGGCCGGCUGGGGCCAGACCGCAGAAGGAGAAGAGCAUCCAGUGUCCCGCACGCUGCAGAAAGUAGAAAUGAAGGUGAUUCCAUGGGACAGGUGUGCAGCCCGGUUCCCCCAGGUCACCCACAAUAUGCUGUGCGCCGGCUUCGAGGAAGGAGGUCGAGAUUCCUGCCAGGGAGACAGCGGGGGGCCCCUGGUCUGCAGCUCAAAAGCCGGAGAGAAGUGGUCCCAGCUGGGAAUCGUGAGCUGGGGAGAGGGUUGUGCCCGCCCCGGGAAACCUGGGAUUUACACCUUCGUGUUCAACUACCUCAACUGGAUCAAGACGGUGACUGCUCAGGAGGGGAAGCCCUUCAUCCCCGAGGGCCAGGCCUACACCCCCAAACCCUCCCCCAGACCCAUCCCCCCACCCGUCCCCGCGCCCGUCCCCGCCCCCACCCCCGCACCAGCCCCCAAACCCAUCCCCAAACCCAUCCCCAAACCGCCCCCCAAACCGCCCGUCCCCAGCUCUCCCGAACUCGAGAGCGCCGCUCCUCCCCUCCAACCCCUUUCCACCUGCUGUCUCCUGCCCUGCCUCCUCCUCCUGCUGGAGUUGCAAGAUACUAACGAGUACGACCUCGAGAGCAGAAGGGGCGAGACGAAGAAGCGGAGCCGAGAGGCGGCCAGCACGAAGGCGCCGGGGCCAGUGACGACCGGUCCAUCCUUCUAG